CGUGGUUUGUGCACAUUUAUGCUUUCAGUCCUGCACCGCACCUCGCCGACUAAGGUCCGGUUUCGCCGAAGCUACAUCUCAUUGAAAGCUGAUGGCCAUUUCGUACCUGUUUCCAUCUUUGCUUAUUUUAAGUAUUCUUGGGGCUUUUUUUCCUUUCACCCUAAGGAAGUUCACUUGGUUUUGGUUUGUGGUCCAAAGUCAAAAUUUCCAUACCGGUCCUGUUUCGGCAAUUAAAAAAGAAGAUACUUUUCAGACCUGUAGUUUUUGGAUGGUUUGACCUUGAUGCUCUUUCCUUUUGGAACCGUCAUGUCCUUAAGUGCACUUAAAUUAUUUCUGUGGUAGCUCAGUAUUUAAGGCGAGUCUAGACUUUGAAAGUGUCAAGUUAGCUCUCCUCCUCAUAAACACGACGUCUCUGCCCACUUUGAAAGGUUUUAGAGGAAAGUGUUUUCGGAGUGUCAAGGCCAUCACGAAGAAGGAUACUCUUGGAAGCUUGGCUCCUGUUGAUUAGCGGACUAAUAGACAAGCAGCAAGAAGGGCCAGUUUUUAUUGUGAUUUUAGUUUCAGAAUCAGAUUGAACCGAAGAUUGCAGAUUUCACAUUUGUCGCAACGUGUGCUGACGAUCUGGAUCAAAUGGACCUGAAGUCUAAUCAUGCAUCUCCUGUUCUAGCUGAAACCUCUCCAAUUAAUAAGUCCAGACUAGGCCUGCGUGCCAAUUCGGUGCCAUGCUCAGCCCCAUCUGCACCUUUCUCAUCUGGGCUAUACCUAAUAGUACCAAGGAAAAAGAACGGGAUUCUUGAAGAUGUUCGUUCUCCCGCAUGGUUGGAUGCUAUGAAAUUAUCAUCUCCUUCGGCCAAGCUGAUGGCCAACGACGUUGAUAAUGAUGUUGUAGCCUCUGAAGCAGAUGUUGCUUACCAAACUUGGAUGCUAAAGUAUCCAUCAGCUCUGUUGUCUUUUGGGCAAUUUGCAAAUUAUGCGAAGGGCAAGCGGAUUGUUUUGUUCCUAGAUUACGAUGGGACCCUUUCUCCCAUUGUUGAGGACCCUGACCACGCAUUCAUGUCUGAAACUAUGCGAGAGGCUGUUAAAAAGGCAGCAGAAUGCUUCCCCACAGCAAUAAUUAGUGGAAGAAGUCGUGAUAAGGUAUUUGAAUUUGUCGGACUGCCUGAACUCUAUUAUGCGGGUAGCCACGGCAUGGACAUUAUGGGCCCUGUUAAAUCUUCUUCCAAUGACCACACAAACUCUGUAAGAUCCACGGACAAGCAGGGAAAGGAAGUCAACCUAUUCCAGCCAGCAAGUGGAUUUCUAACCAUGAUUGGGAAGGUUUUUGCAUCUCUUGUUGAAGCUACCAAAGACAUUGAAGGUGUGAUGGUGGAGAACAAUAAGUUCUGUGUAUCUGUACAUUACCGCAAUGUUGAUGAGAAGAAUUGGAAAGAUGUCGCAGCACGUGUUAGUGGUAUUCUAAAGGAGUAUCCUCAGUUGCGACUAACUCAUGGGCGGAAGGUUUUAGAGGUCCGGCCAGUGAUUGAUUGGGACAAGGGGAAAGCUGUUAUGUUCUUGCUUGAAUCGCUCGGACUUAGUAAAUGUGAAGAUGUGCUCCCAAUUUACAUUGGAGAUGAUCGGACAGAUGAAGAUGCAUUUAAGGUGUUGAGAGAGGGAAAUCGAGGUUGUGGAAUUUUGGUCUCAUCCAUUCCCAAAGAAAGUAGUGCCUAUUACUCUCUUAGGGACCCCUCAGAGGUGAAGGAGUUCCUUAACUCGCUAGUAAUAUGGAAGAAGUCAAGCGCAUUGCGAUAUACAAUCGAAAGGAGAAUAUGAUAGUACUACACACACUACUAGCAAAGUUACACGUGAAGUCCAUUAGGAGAUACAUCAAGAGGGUCUGGAGCAUCUUCAGAUAGAAGACCUUGAGGUGGCAAUACGUGAGGGCUUGGCUAUUUCAUUGCACAAAGCUGCUUUCUGUUAUUUGUAAAUUCCCACCCUUAGCGUCAACCAUUGGCAUUGCUCUAAUGUCCCAGUGUAUCUUAGUCUUCCACAUGUUAUUCUCGAUUUUACUUCGCUUGUCAUCCAGCUGGGCCUCCAGUGGGAGAAUAAUAUAGCUCUGAUGAUUUGUUCAUUCUUUCACACAGAAUUGAAAUCAAGUGUUCAUGAGUCCAUUAAUGUAUGUAAAGAUUACAGCCUUGUCCAAAUUUUCUGAUAUUUGUGCAGAAAAGUGGUGCAGGAUGUAUGUAAUUUAUCUCAAUUCUGAUCUGAUAGAAGUUAUGUACUGCCUGGUAUUGAGGCA